AGGUUUGACGGCAGAGGUGGACGCGCCAGUCCCGAAGAUUCGCCGCUAGCGCCAAAGCAGCAAGGGUGCUCAAGAAAUUCCAUCGAAGCACAUCGUCACCGGUGGCUACCGUCCGACCACGAGCUCGCCCACGCCCUCUCCUCACCUCCGGAAUCGCCCAAAACACAUCCUCUCCUCUAAUAAUACAUAAUGGAUCAUUCGCGCGAUCCCUGUCCCUGGGUCAUUCUCAAUGACUUUGGCGGUGCCUUUGCCAUGGGUGCCGUCGGAGGAGCAGUAUGGCAUGGUGUGAAGGGUUUCCGUAACUCACCCUACGGCGAGCGACGCAUCGGCGCCAUCACAGCGAUCAAAGCCCGCGCACCCGUUCUCGGCGGCAACUUCGGUGUCUGGGGAGGACUUUUCAACACAUACGACUGCGCAGUCAAGGGAAUACGGAAGAAGGAGGACCCGUGGAAUGCCAUCAUCGCAGGAUUCUUCACGGGUGGAUCGCUCGCAGUACGAGGAGGCUACAGGUCGAUGCGAAACGGCGCGAUAUCAUGUGCCAUCCUGCUGGCUGUCAUCGAGGGUGUCUCAAUUGGCUUCAACCGCAUGAUGGCCGACAAUACAAGGCUCGAUGCUCCCCCACCACCACCGAGUGACGUCGGUGCACCAUCUGGUGGCGGCGGCAUGGCUGUGGCCGCGUAAAACGUUUUCGAUUCACGAUUUAUACCUCUUCAGAGCGAACCGCUACAAGGCCACGGGCGGGCAGCGACAUGUCUGGGCAAGCGGUGUUUUUGGGAUGUUUGGCAUAUACCGCAGGCAGGUUUCGGCAGCGGGCGGCGUUCACACUCUCCUCAGCUUUGUGCUAUACCUGUAUCAUAUACGCGACACGACUUGUACAACAUCUGGAGGCGUCUCUAGACGAAGGCAUGAGUGUGCGGAAUUCAGAAGAUACGACACAUCUCAAUGUUCAUCAGCUAUUGCGCAACCAAUCUAUUGAAUCCAAGCUUACCGCAAUAGUUUAAACUCAAAACCCGCCUAAAAUAACUUGAUGACAUCAUCAGACCCACUCCUC